AUGUGCUUUGAUGCAUUGAAGAAAGGUUGGUUAGAAGGAUGUAGGAGAAUCAUAGGUUUUGAUGGUUGUUUCUUAAAGGGUGCUUGUAAAGGUGAGCUUCUAGUUGCUGUUGGCAAGAAUGGAAAUCAGCAAAUGUUUCGUAUAACAUGGGCAGUUGUGGACAAGGAGACAAAACAUAGCUGGAGUUUUUUCAUCAACUACUUGAAAGAUGAUUUGCAAUUGGGAACUGGAGAAGGAUUGACUGUGAUGGCAUAUAUGCAAAAGGGAUUUAUAGCAGCUUUAAAUGAAGUUUUACCUAAUGCUAAAUUUAGGAUGUGUGCCAGACAUAUCUACUCUAAUUGGCAUAAGAAAUGGAAAGGGAGGAAAGGAGAAAACAGUUUUGGAGCUUCUAGGCAUAAAUCAAUUAUAACUAUGUUGGAGGAGAUUAGAAGGAAAAUAAUGACUAGGCAAGUGGAUAUGUUAAAAUUUGCUAAUACUUGGAUAUCUGAUAUAUCACCUAUGGAAAGGCUACUGUUAGAGGAUAGCAAAGAGCUUGCUAGAAAAUGUACUGUCCUUUGGAAUGUUGAUGUUGGAUUUGAGAUUGGAGAAGGACUGCAUAAGCAUGUAGUUAAUCUGACUGAUAAGGUUUGCACUUGUAGAGCUUGGCAGUUGAGGGGUAUUCCAUGCCAACAUGUUGUUCUUGCAUACUAUCGCAUAAACAAAGAACCUGAACAGGCAGUGGAGCAUUGGUAUAAGAGGGAUACCUUCUUAAAAGCAUACAAGUAUUUCAUCCAGCCUAUGACGAAUAUGAAGAUGUGGACUGAAACCGACAAUCCUAAGAUAGAGCCUCCCAAAACUAAACCCAUGCCUGGUAGACCACAGAGGAACAGAAGAAAAGGCAAAGAUGAACCAAAAAAGAAAUAUGGAAAGUUGUCCAAGUGUGGAGUGAAAAUGACAUGUUCCAAGUGCCAUCAACAAGGACAUAACAAAAGAUAUUGUAAGGCUGAAAAUUGGAUGCCUUCUCAGCAAGGUAGCCAAACCUCACAAGGUGCUAGCCAACCUGAUGCAGUUGGAAGCUCAAGCCAACCUACAAACUCUGUGUGUUUUGAUACAACAAGGCCCGGAACAUCAAGCCAACGAGUUAUUGCAAGUGGUUUAACUUAUAAGAGUGCAGCUCCAACAGGAAUUGACCUUGGUUUUAAGGCUAGAGGCUUGAGAAGUUGUAUAUUACAGCAGUUUCAAAAUUCAGCAGCUAUAUAUUACAACAGCAGUUUCAAAAUUCAGAAGUUUAUAACAAAAUUCAGCUGUACAGAAGUUUAUAGCAACAACAGCUGA